AUGGAGGAUAAUUUUGAUGGCCGUUCGAAUGAAAAGGACAGCCGAGGAAGCGAGGGGGAUCCAGUGGAGGCGGAUGAUGAAAUUAAAGAGCGUCGUAACGGCUCAGAUUCUGAUGAUGAACCAUAUCUAAGAGUAAGCGAAGGUCCAUAUUCAGUAUAUCCACUUAUAGAUAAUUUACCACGAGAUUUCUCUUAUACAUGUUUUGCAGCAUUUGAGAAGAACGUAUAUCUUGGUACUAAAACGGGUGAAUUACUUCAUUAUUUUGAACUAGAGCCGUUUAAUUAUGUUUUGGUUUCUCAAACGAGCUUUGAUAGUGAAAUUAAUGAACCAAUUAAGGCUAUUCAUGUGCUACCAAGUAUUGAGCGGGCCUUGAUUUUUUCAGAUUACCAAUUAAAGCUAUAUCUAUUACCGGAAUUUGCAGCUGUGCCGCAUGUUAGCCCGAUCCGUAAUGUUUGCGACCUUGCAGUCGCCCACUAUUCCGAAUCUGUAGAUGCUUAUAAGGUUUAUUUGAGCAAGAAGAGUAAGUUUUAUGCUGUGCAUGUCUCAAGGAACGCUAUUGCGAAAACGCUAAUGUACGAGUACUCAGAUGUUACCUGUAUGUGCGUUGAGAAACACUAUAUGAUGACCGCUAGAGACAAUACCUAUGAGUUAAUAAAUCUAAAGACGAAGACUAGUAUGGAGCUGUUUCAUGUUACUGAAGGAUUAGAUAUGUUACCACCAAUAAUUACGAAAUUUAGUGACAAAGAAUUCUUGGUUACUUGUGGGUCAUCUGAGGAUGAAAAUGCUAUGGGCUUAAUAGUCAACAAGAUAGGUGAGAUCACGCAGGGAACACUCGUCUUUGAAAAAUACCCGGAAGAUAUUAUGGUGGAGGCUCCAUAUAUAUUUGUGUCAUAUGAUGGAUUAGGAGUCUACGUUUACGAACUGGAAGCAAACAGUGAACCGCGUAUCGUGCAAAAGAUAUCCACGGGCUACGAAAAUCUGAAUUUUGCCAAAUCAUUGGUUUCAUUCAGCAUUUUCAGAUCUGACUAUAAGGAUCAGGUAGUUGAGAAAUUGAGAUUGAUUCCGAUAUUUUCUAUAAAUCCAGAUUUCAGAACUGAAAAUGAAAGACUCUACGUUGACAAGUUUUACAACGAGGAAACACAAGUUGUUAUGUUUGGAGACACUGGAUUAUAUACAUUGCAAACUAGGCCAGCUAUAUUGGAUUUUGAUAACUAUGGAGAAGAUGCUAUCGUACUUGUUGAACAGUUUUUACGAACGCACAAAACCACUACUGAGUACGAAAUUAUAGAAAAAGGUUACAUGGAAACAUUAUGUCUUUUACUGAAAAUGCUCCAUAAUGAUGUAAUUGAUCUCUCGCUGGCUAAAAAGUGGUGUUCAAGAAUUGAGUACGUUGACAUUAAGAUAUUUUUAUACCUGUGUGAUUAUGAGGUUUUCGGAGACCUUUGGGUCCACCAAGGUUUGCAUCGUUUAGUUACAGAAUUAAAGAAACUAAAGCUUAUACACAAGAUUGAAAAUCCAUUGCGUACAAUAAGAGCUAUUAAUCGAGAAUUGAAAAGCAAAUAUAUUGAUUUUUUAAAUGACGCAGAGAACGUGUUUUUGUCGUUUGACAUGGUCUACCUUAAUCUUGACAUUGCUAAUGAUACAAUAAACGUUGACUCUUAUAAUGAGGGAAGUUUGUCACAUAUUGCGCAGGUUUUGGAAAGUAAGGAUAGAAAGAAGUACUGUUGGAAGCUGCUUGACAUCUAUACUCGGCUUGAUGACUUUCAGAAGUGCCUUGAAAUACAUCGGGAUUACAGCUCUCCAUCCGCCUUUGCAGAAUAUCUACUAACCCACCAUGGACAGCUGUCAAUGAUAAGAGAUUAUAAGCAAGUUCAACUACCUGCUUUGAUAAUUGGGCUAUUAAAUAUUGAAUUUGACGAUGAGGAUGAGCGGCAAACUGUCGUGAAGAGAGUGUUAAAAAUCCUUGAGUUGGAAAAGCUUGACACAAGCGCACUGCUCACUAAGUUGGACAAUAUCCAUUCGAAGGUUUCACUUUUGGAAAAAUUAGGCGCGGAGAGCUCUAAAGAUGUUAAUUUUGUCCUGGAAUACUAUGUUAGUCAGUUACAAUGCUGUUCUCGAAAAACAGAAUUAUGGAACCAACUAGACUAUCUUUCGAAUAACUACACCAAAGAAAUGACGUACUUAAAACCCACACUUGCUACCUAUCUUGAACGUGAACUUAAACGAAAUGCCACUUAUAACGAGUUUUUUGGAUGGAAGGAUAAGAUCAAUAGUUUGUCAUAUGAUAGGUACAAAAUAUUUCAGAUUAUAUCCCAAAUCGACAGAAAUAACGUUUUAAUAUUGCUAUUUUUUAACGUUGAGGAAUUAAAAAGCUUUAUUAAUGAUGAAAAUAAAAUCAUUGACAUGUAUAUGGGCUUACGGGAUUUUUCCUCCCUGGAGAAACUCUCUUCCCCCGAUAAUUUCAUUAGGAUAAUGGACUGGUUCCUAACCCUUGCUUCUGAUGGGUCUCUCUUACACAAGUUUUUGGCAAGAAAUUUGGAAAAGGUAGAAAAAUCAAGUGCAAUUAGUGCUGUUAUCGAACAUAUCCCAAAAGAUUACGAAUUUGCAUCCUUUUUUGACAUUAUAUUCCCUGUUUUUAGGAGAUAUAACCAGCAAAAGAGACACCAAGAUAUUGAAAAAGCUGUACUGAAGAAUGAACUGAAGACGUUAUCGCAGAUUAUUACUGUUGUAGAAUUACCUGCAGACGCCGCAGAUUCUGCUGGAGUAGAGAACACGGCUACAAAAACUGAUUUAUGA